AUGUCGACGUUUCGUAGUGUUAGGUUGUCUACGUUCGAGAAGCCCAAGUUUGGGCAAUUGAACAAUGCACCUGCGGGUGCUGAUGUGAAGCCAUCGCAGGACACGGUUGUCGAGCCGCUGGGCAAAAUACAGAGCGUUCCUCGCCCGAAUCUGAUCUCGACGGACAGUUACCGCGUGAAUAUGCUUCCCGGGAGACCUGUAUUUCUAGAGCACCAGGAAAGUGUUGGUGCGAGCGCGCAGAUUGACCCGACGACUGGGUUUGCUCUGCUAAACACCUCCACUUCUAGCUUUGUUUGGUCCUAUGUUUCUAGUGAAUCCGUUCCGUUUUCUCUGGAGUUUGGCCAAAAUGUGCCCGAGUCAACCACAGGAGUGCUGAUUCCACCUUUCGGUGCUGCCACAGAACCAGGAUUUGUCCUUGUAAACAAUGAAACUGGAUCAAUAAUUAUGUGGGAGUCAGUGGGCAGAUCGGUGGCCGACGGGCUGUUUAGCCAAGGAAACUCUAUUGAGGGAUUCAUUCGACUACACGGAAACGAGACUAUUGAAUGCGCUGUGUAUAUUGACCAAGUCGGUCUUAUUUGUACGUCGUCUGCUGGCAGGUUCUAUCUGGUGACUUUGCGCGAUGGUUUGGGCAAGCCGCAAAUUUCAGUUAGUCGUAUGAGAAGUUUUCGUGGCGGUUUGCUGGCCAUCAAAGACACAUUAAUCACCCGCAGUUAUCAUCGUGAAAUCGUUAGCAUUGUCGCAGGGGCCCAAAUCAACGAAUCUGAGCGAGCUGUGUAUAUCUGCAACAAAUACGGACAGAUGUCGACCUGGCAGUGCAGCUCUCAGGGUACAGCCAAACUAAUUUCCGAGACAGAACUGGUUCCCUUGUUGUAUAAAGGUUUGUGCCUGUUGUAUUCUGCAGCUGACCGGAGCCUCAGAAUCCAGGAUAUUCAAGUCGACGGCACCAAGUUGUACAUCUUGUCGUCUUUCCACCACGAAGGUAGCGUGUUCUGGCUAGUAGGGUUUGCUGAAAUUGAAAACUCCUCCAAUGUCACCACAUCCUCACUACACCGCUUGCAAUCUUAUGUUAGUACGGAACAAUCACCUGCAAAACUUAUUGUUGGUGACAAGAUCGUUUUUGCUUGCUUCUCUGACGCCGUGGUUCUUCUUGAGCGCUCGGCAGAAGCCCACAAAGCUCGUUUCGAGGAUGCACUAUUUGUUAAACCCAAUGUCUCUAUUUUCGGUGCUGGAACAUCGAGUGCUGGUCUUGAGGUUGUGACAACCGCUGGAAUCCUUGAAAUUCAUUUAAAUGACCGGCUGACGCUUCCUACACCUCAAAGUCGAAUUCAAGUUGCGAUAUCUCAAUCUUCCUCUAUUUUGCCGUUGGAUUUACAGCCCCACACACCACUUGGCUCUCCAGCUGAAAUUAAUGAGGCCAUUGUUGCCACUGUCAAAAAUAUUUCAUCGCUAGAGUCUAAAGGUGAUGCCAAGAGUACUUUGUUGUUACGCGCUGAAUGGCUGAGAAUGCUGAUCACCGUCGUCGAUGGUGCUCCUCUUCCUGAGGGCACUGAUGUUCCGGUUGAUCCUGACACUCGUUGGUGGCUCACAGAAGAAAUGGCAAUCCUCACUGCUGCAGAGGCAAUCACUGACAAGACGAUGAGUUCAAGCCAUGUUAAAGACGUUGGAAAUACCCCUGCUCUCUUGAUUUCGCUUCUGAGUACCGCACCCGCCCUUGGAUUUGCUGGCGUCUUGGCCGCACAAAAUGCACUUCGAGUAGUCGGCACACCAGAAAAAUUCCCCAAACGGUGCCCUUGGCCCGCUAAUCGUGAACUUGUAAGUGCUCUAGAAAGGGCUGCUUCGGAGAUCGACCCUGUAGUUGCUGAAGCUGUCCAGGCAGUUUGUGGAGCCUAUAAACUGCGUUUGGGAUACCUUGAAAGCCAAGGCGAUAGGCAGGAGUACAAGAACGUUGUCCAAUCUGUCAAGGUCAAGUCAGGUAAUCUCAUCAUGGCUUUGUCGGAUGUUGACUUCCCUGCUGCCAUGCAAAUUGCGGAGUCAUUUGCCGUGGUUGAGCCUUUAGCAAGAUUAGUCGCGAAAUCAUGGAGCCCGGAACCAACUCCUUCACAGACAGCUCAGCUUGAGGAGUAUAUUUCCAGGUUCGGCUAUGAGUUUGCAGAAGUCCUUUUCACCCAGCUGCGAGAUAAUAACGAUAUCAAGACAGUUUUCCAAAUGUUUUUGAGGAGUCACCCAGAAUACUUGGCCCGUUAUGUCGAGGAAAAGCAAUUGUACCGCCAAGGUUGGGUGUUGGCAUUCUUCCAAAAUGACACUGAGCGCGCGGCUAAUAUUCUUCGCAAAGCUGUUGACACCCCAACAUCUGUUCAAGAGAGGAGGGUCAUUGCGAGUCUCCAAAAGUUGUGCGCUAUUCAAGCUGGUGACGUGGAUCUCAAAGAAUCUGCCAACACCGUUCUUGAGGUGUCUAAUGCGCAACUGGAGCUACAGCGUCAAUACAAAUCUGCAGGGGAUUAUUUGAGAACAAAACACGAUGGUGUUAACGAGUUACUAUCUCACUUUUUACCGAAACUGAAGACCACUCAUCUCAAAACGGAAGAUGUUAUCGAUCUGCUGACCUUUGUCCCUAUGAAAACCCCAGGGAGUGAAGACAAUUUUGCCCGAGCGUUCUCUCUCUUGAGCUCUCCUUCACAACGAGCCAAUCUAUUGGCUCAGCAAACCAUCAUUCAUACAGACUGGUCGCAAGUAAAUGAAGAAACGCUCAGAGAUUCACUGCUCUAUAAAACCUUACAUUCGCUAUCCAGCGAAGCCAACAAGAAUCAUCUUAUUCACCCGGCAUCUUGGAGCGCGCCUACCAACGCACCAGAAAUCAAACAGCUUUACCCCUGGGCCACGCCGUCGAGUCUGGAAAAGCUUCACACAGACUUUACCAACUUCAACGCGACUAUUGAGAAGAUCUGCAACGAAUAUGACAUGAUGAAAUGGCUGCAUCUUUGCGUGCAACCUGAAGGCGAGUCGAUGGAAAUCGAUUGA